AUGACACGCUGGAUAUAUUUGCUGUUGGUCGUUGGAGGUUGCCUUUGUGCGGGUGAUUUUGGACUGCCGUACAGUGUGCCCGGAUUCGAUGCAAACUUCCGCAGUGGCAUUGGGUCGGGAGUGGUGUCCAUCGUGAAGGCUAACGCGAGUUUGCUCAAGUACGAAGCGAACCUCGAUCGGAGUGGUGUGACGGCGGUAUUGUUCGAUGUGGCCAAUAACCUAACCUCACCGCUCAACAAACUGUUGGGCCACGUGGCAGCUACGUUUGGAGCGAAUGGUACCGAUACUUUGCAGGCUUUGAUGGAUGAACUGCAAGCCACAGUAUUGCCAACAACUUCCGCACUCGAGAAAGCUUCUAGCACAAUCCACAACCUGGAAGGAGUGGUACGACCGAACGUAUUGGAGACUCUUACCGCUAAUGUGAGCACGAUAAUAACAGAGAUUGGAACACUCGCUCGCAAUUGGCCACCAUUUGCUGAGGCGCUUAAAACGGCCAGUUCGUCCGAUUCUACCUACAACAGUAAAAAUAUUUCCACUCUCAUCACUACCAGCAUGGUACAAUCGUUAACCUCACCGAUAUUGCUGAUCAACUCGGCCCUCGGGGAUAUUGCUAACGUGUACGGUGCAGUUGCCAAGGAUCGCAUCACGGCCAUCGGGUACGAAACGGCCACCAACACGAGCAUCCAAAACGCGCUACAGGAUCUCUCGGGUAGUGUGACGCUUGUCAAUCGGACGAUCAUUGACACUGCGCGUCAGAUGGAACUCCAGUCCAACGGAAGCGCACGUCAAGUGCGCGAUGGAUACUCGUCGCAGCUGCUUAACCGGCUUAGUGACGAAUCCGAAUCCAAAAAAGUGAAAAGCUUUCUCGACAAACUGGAUGCCCAAGGGCUGGAACACAACAAACGCGUCGGUGAACUCUUGCGUGAUCUUGCCACCAAUUACAAGCGAAUAAUUCAAACCGCUGGUGAUGAGAUCGGGAAUCGGGUGUUCGCUGCCACAGCGUCCCUCAUCGAUGAGGCAACCGUCAGCGACAAUAUCUAUGCGGAUCGGUGCUUGCAGCGCUAUAUUGGUGAUUUCCGGCAAGCAUUGUUUACACCGACUCGUCUAACGUACUGCUAUCAGGUAGAUUCACGCACGAUCGUUUACUUCUCGUCGGCCAAUAAUGCCUUUCUGGAGCAGCUACGCAAUACCGCUGUCUACGGAACUCAGGCGCAAUCCGUGUGUGUUCAGGGGUCUACCAAUUGCACUGCGGAGUACAUACAACAACUGGAAGGCGCUAGCAAACAGAAUCAAGCCCGUUUUAAUGCGUUUGCGACGUACCUGGGCGAAGAAUUGGUGGCCCUAGCCGAGCGGUAUGACGCUUGUACGCGAGCAAUCCGGGCGGACAUUGAGCAUCACGUGGAGACGACGAACCAAAAGUUUAGAAACUGUUUCCUAACCGGCAGAUAG